GCGGCUAGUGGGGUUGCAGAGCUCGCGGGUGUUCGCCAUGAGUUUACCCCUCAAUCCCAAGCCUUUUCUCAAUGGACUGACUGGAAAGCCAGUGAUGGUGAAACUCAAGUGGGGGAUGGAGUACAAGGGCUACCUGGUCUCUGUGGACGGCUACAUGAACAUGCAGCUUGCAAAUACAGAAGAAUAUAUAGAUGGUGCAUUGUCUGGACAUCUGGGUGAAGUUCUAAUAAGGUGUAAUAAUGUCCUUUACAUCAGAGGUGUUGAAGAAGAAGAGGAAGAUGGGGAAAUGAGAGAAUAGCACCUUCGGGUUUUAU